AUGGCACAUAUCAAGAAAAAGUUCACCUUUGAUGAUCCUGAGGAUAGUUAUUGGAAUGAGAGUGGAUCGAACUCAUCGUCACUUUUCGACGACUUACCUUCGAAACAGUGGGCGGCACGUGCGGCUGUGGAUAAUCUUUUCGAUCAGCGUGAGGUUUUCUCUGCAAAAGUUGCUGAACCACCAUCAUGUCAGCCGAGUCCUAACUCGAAUGUCAUAACGGGGGAGAGUUCUCAGAAGCGAGAGGAGGCAGUGCAUGAUUUCAUCAACCAUAAAACAGCUCAUUUAAAAUUAGAGGUUGAAUCUUCGCCGCCUCAUGUUGGAGGCCCAUCUGCAGCAUCUGUGAUAUCGGAAUGUAGUGUGAGCAGCUUACCAAGUGAUGCUCAUCGCUUAGAUCUCGACUACUCAAGACUUAGAGCUGAACACCGUAAACUCCAACGACAUUUAGAGGCUGUCCGCCAUGAUAGAUACCGUGCCCCAGACGUGAAGGAGGCUGUUCGAAGAUUGAUGAAAGGAGAUCCAGUGUCCUUGGAAUGGUACAGAUCGAAGGAAGAGAAAGUGCAGCUGCUCGAAGCCGCCAUAGCAAUAGUAGAUGGAAAUGUUAUUUUAGCUGUGGUUUUAUUUCUAAAGAAUACUUUAAUGGACUCACUCUUCCGUGAUUUAUUACUAAGAAAACCUGAAGCUGCAGAGGAGUACAUAGCUUAUCUGAAGAUCAUCAGAGACUAUGAUGAGUUGACAACAACUUUGUUUGCACUUGGGAGGAAUGCUGAUGCUGCCAUGAUAGAGUUCUCGGCUGCGAUAAGACAUCAAGUUGCUGAUCAGAAGGUGCAAGCGUUGAAAAAGUGCGUGCGAAGCGGCUUCAGCGAUCCGCUACUUACAACUGAAGCUGCCGUUGUAAACGACUAUAUAAGCCUUUUAGAGCGACAAAUACCAAUUAACGUAGCAGACGAUCAAAGCAAAAACGCUGUGUUCACUGCUUUCCCGAAAAAUGCAAGUCUCGUUGGGAAAUCUACCAUCGCCACGUAUUAUUAUUGCUGUCUAUACCACUACGACGAUCCUGUGCAUGCUCUAGCAAAUCCUGGAGGUGUCCGUGACUCAUUCCGGAUCACUGACAAAGAAGCGGUAUGGACCUGUGUUAGUGCUCUAGCCAAGCAAAGCAGGUGGCCAGAUGUAGAACGUGUAUUGCAGCCAAAGUCGUUGCUUGGUGCAUUACAGAAUAGAGCGGCACUCAAUUCUCCAAAGCUAUCAUGUCCAUUCAGUUGGCAAAAUCUUUUCUCCAUUUUGCACUCGAAUUCAACUGCUCCACCUAAAGACCUUUCAUGUCGAAUUUUACGAGCUGUGAAUGAUGCAGAGAUGAGACUGAAGCUUGCGGAGAAAUAUGACGUGUGUGAGAUAGUGAUCGAAUGUUUGGUAGCACAACGAGAUCGUAUAAGACUAUCGAAAUUUGCUAGCAAGCUCACACCGCACACUCCUGACGCUUACAAAGCUCUUGCUGCUUUGAAUAACACGGGUACAAAAUGGAAGAAUUAG